ACGUCACCGCCCGUUAAUUUGAAUACAGCACCAGCUUCAUUUCAGUGUUGACAGUGACUGGUGGCGGUCGCGUUUGUGUGCUAGAUGAUUUGUAACGAACAGAACGCUGUUGCGGAAAGUUAAGUAAACGUUUGGGCUUACCGUGGACCAACUAUGGCUACGAUAACGUGUCGAGUGCAAUACCUGGAGGAUUCGGACCCGUUUGUGUGCUCCAAUUUCCCCGAGCCCCGCAGACCACUUCAGUAUGACUUGAGCGAACAUUUGCCGCUGAACGAACAGAUCGCCGGUGUUCACAAACUGUUGGAAGCGCCGCUAAAGCUUGAGGAGUGUGCAUUGCAGCUGGCUCCUAACGGAAACUACCUGGAUCUGGAAUCAUCACUGGCAGAACAGAGAGAUGAUCUGGAACAGUUCUAUGAUGAUGUGGCCAAAGGCAAAAAGCCCAUCCUGAUUCUCCGUACACAACUAUCCGUGAGGGUUCAUUCCAUUCUGGAGAAGUUGUACAACUCUCAUGGCCCUGAGCUUCGGAGGUCCUUAUUUUCUUUAAAGCAGCUAUUUCAGGAUGAUAAGGACCUGGUUCCAGAAUUUGUUGUCUCAGAGGGUCUCAGCUGUUUUAUUAAAGUGGGUGCCGAGGCAGAUCAUAACUACCAGAACUACAUCCUCAGAGCUCUCAGUCAGAUCAUGCUGUUUGUAGAUGGGAUGAACGGUGUAAUAAACCACAAUGAGACUGUACAGUGGCUGUACACACUGAGUGGCAGUCUGUCUCGGCUGGUUGUGAAGACUGCACUCAAGUUGCUGAUAGUGUUUGUGGAAUACACGGAGUCAAACAGUCCUCUGCUUAUUGAGGCUGUCAACAUUGUGGAUGGGAAGAGAGGUGUAAAGGUAUGGAUGUAUCUGACAGAAAUUCUGUCAGCUAGGAAUGGAGCAGACACAGAGCUGCUCAUCUACACCAUGACCCUCAUCAACAAGACUUUAGCUGCUCUUCACGAUCAGGACUCAUUCUAUGAUGUAACAGACUGUUUAGAGCAGCUAGGAAUGGAAAGCAUUGUGCAGAAGCACAUGACUAGCAGUGGCAUUGAGGCAGAUCUUAAACAACAGUUCAUCAUUUAUGAGAAUGCCCUCAAGUAUGAGGACGGAGAAGUUGAUGAUGCAGUAACAAAUGUGCGAAAGGACCGAAGGAAACUGAAACCCAGCGAGCAGGAGGGCAGGAGGAGUCGGCGAUCAUCAUCUAACAAUCUUUUCGAUGGAAGCCUCUGCUCGGUUCGGCCUAACUCUCCUAUUGUAUCCGUCUCUUCUCAAAGCCCUACUGCAGAGGUGACCCGCACUGACUCUCCUCAGCUCUCGGAAUCUUCUCAUCCUCCUGCACCGAGCAGUCCAGACCUGAACAGCCCCACACCUGUAACAUUUCACUCCCACCCCUCACCACCCCCCCUGGUGCCUAAUGAGUCUGAAUCAGCUGCGUCGGAGCAAGACCAGAACCUGGCGCGCUCUUUUAUGAGUCACUACAUGUCUCACAUGGGGAUUUCUAGAAGGAGGUUAAAAAAAGGCAGGUCUAUAACAGAGGAAACCUCCAGCAGCUCCAACAGAGGUUCUUUCACAGAAACGGACUCUCCUCAGGAGAAACCUUCCCAGAUGACAGCAGAGCAGCCCAGCCGCACGGAGGAAAAGAGUUUCAGACAGCAGCAGGCAGACAGUGUUUGUCUAGAGAAUGUGAAUAGGGACUUGCCAGUUCUGAGGAAUUAUGCAGACACAUUCUUGCGUAGUCUGGCUGCAUCCCAGUUUGAGAAGAAAAGGAAGCCACAGGUCGGCAGUGUGACCGAGAGUGUGUCAUCUACAGACCCCGAGACUUCAUCUGCUGAAGCUGAGCAGACAGUCUCCAGCUCAACCUCUGCAGGGUCUGUUAGUGGCCAGGAGAUCCAGUCGCAAGAGAUAAACUUGACCAGACACACCCUGGAGCAGCCAGGAAACACACCAUCCCACAAUGAAGCAGAGGGUGGUGUGCACCGUCGGGGCAGUACAACAGAACAGCACAGCACCCUCUCUAAUGACAGGAAGUUCAUGUUGGACAUGCUCUACUCCAAAAACAACACCAGCACGGGAGGUCUGAAAAGUCCCAGUCUGGAAAGUGCUCUAGAAGACAAUGGCAUCAGCAGUGUGGCUGGACGGCUCUCCAGACUGCAGUCUUGUUCCUCACAAUCCUCCGAUGACACGUCCAAGCGGGCAGAGUUGGAGAGCCUUGGAGGUAGCACUGAGACGGCUCGUGCGAGGCUGAAGCUGAGUCCACAGUACAGCAUUGAAGCAGAAAUGCACUCGCAGAGUUUGGAGAAGACGAUGAUGACACCGCUAUCCAGGGGUAGUCAGGAUACCUGGGGGCACCUGCAGCCCAGCUCCAGGCCUUUACACAUCAAAGAUCUCGACUUCACUGAUUUGAUGGAGGAGGAAGAUAUCGAUGUGCUGGAUAUAGACACUUUUGACAAUGCUUUUUCUCACGGAAUACCACCUCCUCCUCCCCCAGUGCCAGGGCUGGGCUCUGCUAUCCCACCUCCUCCCCCACCUCCUCCUGGGCCUGCGGGACUGGCUCCACCCCCUCCUCCACCGCCUCCACCCUUUGGAGGUUUGUGUGUGCCCCCUCCGCCUCCAGGAAUGCCUUCUCUGUCUCCGUCUCAGGGGAUUAAUCCAGCAUUUUUGACCAAACGGAAAACAGUUAAGCUGUUUUGGAAGGAGCUCAAACAGCCCGACAGUCCCAGGAAGUGCAGGUUUGGGCGGGGCACGGUGUGGGUCACGCUUGAUAAGGUUGCGGUUGAUACAGCAAAGCUGGAACACCUGUUUGAGUCCAAGGGAAAAGACCUACCUGUAGUGAAGAAAAGUCCAGAAGCCAAGAAAGGUGCCAUUCUGGUCCUUGAUCCUAAGAGAAGCAAUGCCAUCAACAUUGGCAUGACUGUUUUACCUGCUUUACAUGUCAUCAAGGCUGCCAUCCUUCACUUUGAUGAAUUUGCCAUCACUAAAGAGGGGAUUGAGAAAAUUCUGACUAUGACUCCGACAGAUGAAGAGAAGCAGAAGAUUCAGGAAGCCCAGCUGGCUAAUCCUGAUGUGCCUCUGGGUACAGCAGAGCAGUUUUUGCUCACUCUCUCCUCCAUCAAUAACCUCACAGCCCGAUUACAGCUCUGGGCUUUUAAAUUGAACUAUGACACCAUGGAGAAGGAGAUAGCAGAGCCCCUUUUUGACCUGAAACUGGGUAUGGAACAACUUGCCAAGAACAAAACCUUCAAGCAUAUCCUAGCAACACUAUUGGCCAUUGGCAACUUUCUCAAUAGCUCCAAUGCUAAGGGUUUUGAGCUCAACUAUCUGGAGAAGGUAACUGAGGUGAAGGACACAGUACACCGACAGUCUCUGCUUCAUCAUACCUGCAAUUUUGUAGUAGAAAACUAUCCAGAUACAACAGAUCUCUACUCUGAGAUCCCUGCCAUCACACAGUCUGCUAAAGUGGAUUUUGAGCAGUUAUCUGAAAACCUCGUUCAAUUGGAGAGAAAAUGCAAAAUGUCCUGGGACAACCUAAAAAUGGUGUCCAAACAUGAGACUAAAGCACUUUUGAAAAACAAGAUGACAGAAUUCCUGAAAGACUGUACUGAGAGGAUUAUCAUACUGAAGGUCGUGCAUAGACGCAUUAUUAACAGGUUUCACUCUUUCCUGCUUUACCUGGGUCAACCCUCAUUCUCGGUGCGGGACACAAAAGUAACUCAGUUCUGUAAGAUCAUCAGUGAGUUUGCCCUUGAAUUCCGCACCACCAGAGAGAGAGCCCUCACACAAAAAAGCAAAAGAGCCGCCCACCGGGAACGCACAAAAACCAGGGGCAAGCUGAUCACAGAGACAGAGAAGUUUUCUGGAGCGGUACCAGCUUUCUCUCAGGACAGCCCGUCUCGUGUAUCCUCAACACUAGAACCAGAGCCAGCCGAAGAGGAGCAUGAAAACAUGAAGAACUUGCUCAUCGCCAGUGAUGACAAGAGCAAACUGCGCAGGAGUCGUGCUGUCAGAAAGAUUUUGACCUCUGGUGUUGACACUUCUCCCACAUCACCAACUCUUCAGGGAGAUGAUGAAGAGGAGUCUUAUGACUCUGACAGUUCUCCUACUUCACCAGUAGAGAGCCAAACAACAGAGGACAUAUAUGAUGAAGGUGUAGGCAGACUUAGUACGAACAUGUCCGUAGCCAAAGAGGACGGUGCCAACUCACAAGACGACGCCACAGAUGAGAUCAUGGAUCGUCUGGUCAUGUCCGUCACCCAGAAUCCUACUGCAAGGUCGUCUAGCCCAAAAACACGCAAACGUUCCCGGCUUAACAGAAAGUCAUUGCGGAGGACUCUGAAGAGUGGGUUGACUGUGGAUGUGGUUCAAGCCCUUGGCCUCAGCAGUCCUAAUGGGAACGUUUGAAGCUGGCAACACUUUUUAUAAACACUUGUAGGGCAGCGAUGAGGUUAUGAAGAGACCUGCUUUGAUGACAGGACGAACUGUGCUGACAAAGGGAUGUUUAUUGAGGACUGUUUCAGGAAUGCCUGCAACUAAACUUUUACCAGUCGAAACCGUUCACUGGAUACAGUAAAUUAUGUACUUUCUUUUUUAACACACAAAAGUGCUUUUAAAUGGCAUUACUGUGUUGACAAACACAUCAGCUGCAUACAUGCCAUCCAUUAGACAUAUCUUGUUUAGAUUGGUACAGUUUUGAAUUGCAUAGUAUUACAUAAAAGCCUAAGUUUACUGAUGUAGCAUAAAAGCAAAUAUGAAGCAGUGAUGCUUAUUAUUCUCACCAGAUAAUGAAUUUAUUAUUUUGAUUAAAGCAUUUGUGUAAUACAUGGAUAAGAGCGUAAUGUACAGUAUCAGUCAAAAUGGACUGAUGUAAGGUUUUUAAGGGUGCGAGCCCAAAUGAAGAACACAUUUUAACAAGCAGUUUUAAAGAUGGAUCUUUUUUAGUUUUAGAGGUGACCUUCCUAUUUCUGUUUUAAUGGUUUAAGAUUGGAAGCCAGAAACUGGUCAUGGAUCAGUGCAAUAGGGUUACUCAAACACUGGGUUCUUGGGCACAUUAUAUCUUGGUGAUAUUUGGUAAAUAUGUGUAUAGAAGGCAAACCGAUGUGAUUAUGGUUAGUAUGCAACAGUACAUCCUGAGUUCCAAGGAGAUCUUGUUUAGAGACGAUAAACUAGCUCAUGCGUUUUAUCUUUUAUCACGGCUCUCCCUUGUUAGGUUUGUGGAUGCUACAACAUACUGCUGUAUCAUGUUUCUGUCCUAUUAUUUAUUAUUGUCUUCUGGAGUCAAGAGAAUUAUGUUCUUCAAAGGUUCUCAUUAUAAUUCACCUAAAAAACUGUCUGAAACUCUUUAUUUUUUUAGUUAUGCCACUGUGACUGUUAUAAUAAAUGUUUGCAUGGAGCACUCCGUCUCAGUGAGGUGUCAUGUUGAAGGUAGAGCACUUUUAUUGGUGCUUUUAUUCUGUUACAGGAUACACAUUUUGUUUGUUUGCAUUGCUUUUUUUGCACAGGGGGUUCUGCGGUAGGAAUUUAGAGUUCUGUAUCACUCCAUUGUUAUAUGUUAAACUGUAUUACUGGAUUUUUUUCAUAACCUGUUUGCACGAGUGCAUGUGUUCUUCAAUCUGAAUGUUUCACUUUAAGUGUUCCAGUGAUUUGGAUUCAUAUUCAUCACCACUUCAUAUUCAGCACAAGUGGAGCAGACGUAUAAUGUCAUAGAUUGUAAAUGAACAUGUCACUACUCUCUACUAUUUAAACAUGUGUGAUAUGUACAGAGGCUUGUUCAAAAUGAAAUGAAAAUGUUUUAUUAGGAGCAAGGUAUUUCUGUCUUCUUUAUGUAUAUCCUAACAUUUUUGGUUGAUGUAGCCUAACGAUGUCCAGAUGUUUGAGAAUUAUAAAUGCUUUUAAGAUACA